GUGUCUAGUUGGAAAACUGCGUACAUUGUCCCAAGUCCUCAUCCUGGAUUUCGCUCUGUCUCAUCUGUAGUGCUUGCUUCCUCUUUAUAUUUGCUUGCCGUGUAUUAUAACUUAGCUCGGGAUUGCAAGAUGUCUUCACCUCGCGAUAAAAUUCACGUCGACACAUCACCUCACUGUAGAUCUUCUCGUAACCAUUCAUCCGACACUCAUCGUACUAGAAAAUCUCAUCGUUCUCAUUCUCGCGAGAGGGGGCGAAGAGACCGCCGGAGGGAUCGUGACAAUGACGAAUGGCGUAUUGAACGAGGGUACCGCGAGCGAGGUAGGCGAAGCAAAUCGCGUGAUUUGUUAAACAAGGACAGGGAUAGCGGACGUAGGGAAAGAGAUAAGCGUCAUCGUGGCGAUAGGUAUGAUAGUCACCACCACACAGGAGAACGUCAAGAUAGAGAUCAAGAAAGGAGAAGAAAGAGAGAUGAAAUCGGGGACUCUAUAGAGGCUCAUGCUUACGAUGGUCGUUCAAAGAGAAAGAGAUCAGAUGACGGCGUAGAAAAUUUGUUCCCUCCCCUCCCAUCUGCAACGAGCCUACCACAACCUACAGCUCCGAUCAAGGAUAGUCCCAAUAACAGAGUAUCUGACCUUAAAGAGCGCUCACGAGAACGUAGGUUCGAUGACCGGAUGAAACAUCGGGAUCCCCGUGAUGAAUUUGAUGAUCCUCUGAGACAUCGAACAGAUAGAGAUGUGACUAGGGAUGCAAGAUAUUCCUUCCUCGACGAAGAUGAGCUGGAAGCGCGAACUUCGACAAGUCUUAUCCUACAACGGUCAUCUCCAACAUAUGAUACUCCUGAUGAUUACAAUCCCGAAGAACCUAAAGAAGACGAUUCUGAAGCCCGAUCUGUGUUUGUCUCUCAGCUUGCUGCACGGCUUACUGCCCGAGACCUUGGAUAUUUUUUCGAGGACAAACUGGGUGAAGGCACUGUGAUGGAUUCAAGGAUCGUCACAGACAGAUUGUCUCGCCGUUCGAAAGGUAUUGGCUACGUCGAAUUUCGCUCAAUUGAUAUGGUCGAGAAAGCUAUCUCUCUUAGUGGGACUGUAGUAAUGGGUCUUCCCGUCAUGGUCCAAUUAACGGAAUCCGAAAGGAACAAGCUUCAUCCAGGAGAUGGCAAUCUUAAUCUCCCCCCUGGAGUUAGUGCUCCACAUGGAGCUAUGCAGCUUUAUGUCGGCUCACUACAUUUCAACCUCACCGAGUCCGAUAUUAAACAGGUCUUCGAACCAUUUGGUGAACUUGAAUUUGUCGACCUUCAUAGGGACCCCAUGACGGGGCGCAGCAAAGGCUACGCUUUUGUGCAAUAUAAAAGAGCUGAGGAUGCAAGGAUGGCCCUGGAACAAAUGGAAGGCUUUGAACUUGCAGGUCGAACGCUGCGUGUCAAUACUGUACACGAAAAGGGCACCGCUCGAUAUGCUCAACAAGAUACUUUGGACGAGGCAGGAGGUGGCAACUUGAACGCAGCCUCUCGACAAGCCCUAAUGCAAAAAUUAGCUAGAAUUGAACCAAUACCCAAACCCCCGACAAACAACAAGCCGACCAUCCCUCAAGCAAUGCAAUCAAGAUCCGUGCUGCUGAAAAACAUGUUUGAUCCCGAAGAGGAGACAGAGCGUGAUUGGGACAAAGAUCUAGCUGAAGACGUGAAAGGCGAAUGCGAAGACAAAUAUGGUCAAGUCGACGCAAUCAAGGUUGAACAAGAGACCCAAGGCAAGAUAUACGUUAAGUUCAAUUCUAUCGAUUCCGCAAAAAAUGCUAUACAAGGCCUCAAUGGCCGAUGGUUUGGCGGAAGACAGGUUUCAGCUGGUUUCAUAUCUGAUGCUAUCAUGGUUGCCCAUCAGUGAUUAGAGCCGCAAAUAUCAUUCUGUUCCCUGUAUCUUGUUCAUGAUGGGUAUUGCUCAGAUUACUCCAAUUUAAAAAACAUGCUGCAAAAGGAUGCGA